CUACAAUGGCGAAGAUGCUGCUUUUGCUUAGCCUAAAAGGCAUUAAUAUCCCCGUGAAGCGUCUGGUAACAUCAGCUGGGUGUUGUAAAAAGGAAUUAGCAUCCUGUGCCGAUGACAAGCAUUUCAAAUCACGCCCAGGUGGUCUCCAGCAAGAGAUAAAUAAACAAUGGUGUAAGUAAAAACUUUUCUCCUACCAUAAUAUAUGGUGAACCAUUGCUGAUGUUGCACAGUUCCAUAUCAUAAUAUAUGGUUACUUUUGCUGGUGCUACAUGUCUCACUACCAUAAUAUAAUAAUAUGGUGUGCUAUUGUUCCCAUCUGUGAAAUGUUGUUUCAAUGAGCUGGCGAAAACGGCCUACUUUAGAUGUUUAUUUUAAUUCAACACGCACAUUUAGAAUAUUGAUUUAUAUCAAGGUUAAAUGAUUCCUGUUUUAGUUAUGAAUUUGAUUUUAAAUCAUGUCUUAGUUUCAGAUAAAGUUCUGGCAAGACAAAGUCUCAGCCAAUCACCAGCAGAGAAUGUUCGGAAAAGUCUAAAGAACAUUAGCUCCACUUUGGGACAACUGAGCAGAAUUCAAGUAGACACAUUACCGUCAAAUAACGUCAAAAUGGUGGGACUUUAGUUUCCAAAUUUCUUUGAAAAUUUCUCGUCACAUAAUGAUUCAGUUUUUUUUAUUUACUGUUGUGCAGCUUUUUUAAUUAUUUUUGUAUAGAGGUUUUGAUCCAAAAGGUUUUUAUCCAAGAGGCUUCGACGUAAAUAAAUUUUGAUCAAAGAUAUUUUCACCAAAGAGGUUUUCACCCAAGAGGUUUUCACCCAAGAGCUUUUGACUCUAGUGGUUUUAACACAAAAGGUUUGACCCCAGAGGUUUUAAUGCAAAGGGUUUUUUUUCCCGCCACGAGAUUUUGUCUCUAAAAGGUUUUGUCACCAAGAGGUGGGCCUGAGAAGCAGCUGCUAAAGACAGGUAUCAAAUCAAUGGCCAGAACUCAAAAGAAAUAUUCAAUUAAUGCCAAGAUUUCACCAUAAAUUUAUUUGAAACCAGUACACCAGAUUAGAGUUGGAAUUUGAAAUGAGGUUUUUUUUUUUCAUGUAUGUUCGUUACAUGCUUUUGUAUUUCUUUGUCGAUAGUUUUGUGUAAAAAUACUUAAGAUUCAAACUGAAGGAAUACAUAGUUCUAUACAAAUGUAAACAUUUAUUUGACCAGCUACCCUCCUAUAUUUGACCAGCUACCCUCCUAUGUUUGACCAGCUAUCCUCCUAUGUUUGACUAGCUAUCCUCCUACAUUUGAUAUUAUGUCCAAUGUGUCACACGGACUCAGUUGCCAGCCAGCAUUGAUAUUGUUUGCAAAUACUUAUUGACUCAGCAGUAAGGUUUGAUAUAUUAUUUCAAAUGAAUUAUUGACUCAGCUGCGGCUCUUGAGAUAUUGCUUAUUUUGAAUUAUUGACUCCUAGGUAUCUGAAUCAACCUCUGUUUACAUUGACUCGUUGACUUCUAGGUAUCUGAAUCAACGUCUAUUUACAUUGACUCAUUGACUUCUAGGUAUCUAAAUCAACAUCUAUUUACAUUGACUCAUUAACUUCUAGGUAUCUGAAUCAACCUCUAUUUACAUAGACUCGUUGACUUGUAGGUAUCUGAAUCAACAUCUAUUAACAUUGACUCAUUGACUUCUAGGUAUCUGAAUCAACCUCUAUUUACAUUGACUCGUUGACCUCUAGGUAUCUGAAUCAACGUCUAUUUACAUUGACUCAUUGACUUCUAGGUAUCUGAAUCAACAUCUGUUUGGCCUUCAUAUCCCACGAUCCACCAGAGAGUGACACUACUGAAUGGUUUCCUUGGGUGUGGCCGUCAUUGUCUCCUGUCUUAUAUCAAGCAUAGACUUGGACCAGCUUCCCUUAACUAUGUCGGGCUCAACAUCGUACCCUUCCGCACCUAUGUAGACUUGCCUGUAAGUUUCAAGCGUCUCAUAAGAUUUUUUUAUUCUUUUAUUUUAAAUGAUGCAAUGCCGAUUACUAAAUAAAAUAAAAAAAAUUAUUUAUGCCUUUUUAGCGAUUUGUGUAGAUUCUAUUGCUAAAUGGACAAACGUAUACGUUCUAAAAGGUAAAAUUCACGGUUAAACCAUUUAUUCUUCCAUAGUAAUUUAUUGAAAUGCGGAUUUUGCCUUUGAAAAUUUGUCAAUAGUAAUUUUUCUUUUUUAGAACUAUUAUUUCAAGAAUACUCAAACGUUUGUCUCACAGGAUAUGCCCCACUUAAAUAUGUUUCUCUCACAGGGUAUGCCCCACUUAAAUAUGUUUCUCUCACCGGAUAUGUCAUACACAAAUAUGUUUCUCUCAAUAUGUCAUACACAAAUAUGUUUUUUCUCACAGGAUAUGUCAUACACAAAUAUGUUUCUCUCACAGGAGAUGUCAUACACAAAUAUGUUUUUCUUACAGGAUAUGUCAUACACAAAUAUGUUUCUCUCACAGGAUAUGUCAUACACAAAUAUGUUUUUCUCACAGGAUAUGCCCUACCCCAAAGAUAAAAAUGGAUAUACCUUGGCGUGGGAUCUGGGGAAAGAGGACAGAAAAACGAUACAAAGUAUUGCAAGUGAAGAGCUGCAGGACGUUCUAAAAAAAUUGAAGAUCCCGUUCAAAGUAGUCAAGUCUUGGAAACAAUAUAAAGGUUGGCAUUGUUUAAUAUAUCAAAUUUCUUCUCUAUUUUAUUGCAGUCCAAUAACCGACUGAUUAUCUUAUUGUAGUCUAAUAACCACCUGAUGACUUUGUUGUAGUUGCAUAAACAUCUGAUUAUCUUAUUGUAGUUUGAUAACCAUCUGAUUUUUUUAAUGCAGACCUGCACAACUUACGGCCCGCAUAGUAACGAAAUAUUCUUCAUCAUUAUUAUUUUCUUAAUUGAUCUCCCCCCCCCCCGGUCGCCUAUUUUCUUUCGGGCCGCACACGUUUUUCAUACAGCCCGCCUCACAUUUUGUGUUGAGCGGGCCUGGUUUAAUGAUUAGCGUAAUAAAAAGUUGGCGUUUAAUGGGCGGAGGGACACAGUUCUCUCCCAACCACAUGCACAGAGAGAGAGAGAGAGAGAUGGAGAGAGAGAGAGAGAGAAAGAGAGAGAGAAAUGAAAACAAGUCCUACAACUCUGUGUUUAAAUUUAAUCACGUUAUUAUGGCCUUUAAAAUCGACUUACUUUUUCCUUCCUAAAUCUCACUUCAUCUCACUCCAUCUCGCUCCAUCUCACUCCAUCUCACUCCAUCUCUCUCCAAGCCUCGUUAAGAACCCGUUAUUUUUAUAGCUUUCGAAAAUAAUAUGAAAUCAUACAUAUCAGAUUUUAAGUUGACGGGUGGCUUUCUUGGUGACAUCAAUUGGAUGUUAAUCGACUCUAUAAUGCUUAUUGCAGCAUGUGUGCAUAAACGCACGUAAUGUCUGCAGAGAUUCUUCUCCGCGACUUACACAUCGGUUCUUCAAAUCCCCAAAUUUUCGACUACCCUCUCAUUCCGUGCGUAAUAAAUGGAUAGUCUCUAAGGGGAAAAUUUUUUGUCUGGAUGUUCAGAUGCCAUUGGUUUAAAGUCUUAUUAUCCAUCCAGCCAAAUCACGGAUAUUGCUUUUCUUUUAAAACUGUUUUAGAUGACGGGAAAGUAUUUGGAGCAUCACUUGAAGUUCUCGUGCAGAGAGACAUGAAAACGGAUAGGAUUGAUGAAACAAAGCUGCUAGUUCCAGCCGUUGUCCAAUGGGUAUGGCGUGACCGUUGCGUCUGCUCUUUGUUCUGUUGGCUGUCACAUCUUACCAUGUAGCUACUGUAUCUGUUGGCUGUCAAUUCUUACAAUGUAGCUACUGUAUCUGUUGGCUGUCACAUCUUACAAUGUAGCUACUGUAUCUGUUGGCUGUCACAUCUUACAAUGUAGCUACUGUAUCUGUUGGCUGUCACAUCUUACAAUGUAGCUACUGUAUCUGUUGGCUGUCACAUCUUACACUGUAGUUACUGUAUCUGUUGGCAGUCACAACUUACAAUAUAGCUACUGUAUCUGUUGGCUGUCACAUCUUACAACGUAACUUCUUCAUUUGUUGGCUUUCAAAUCUUACAACGUAACUACUUCAUUUGUUGGCUGUCAAAUCGUACAAUAUAACUAGUGUACCUGUUUGCUGUCAAAUCUUACAGUAUCACUUCUGCAUGUUCUACUUAUUUUUGUGAAAUAUAAUGAAACCUUUAAUUUAUCUAUAAUUUAUUAAGGUUCAGAUUUUUGUCAAUGCAUCACAUCCAAAAGGAAACAGUUUUAACAUUAGACCUUCCCACCCCCACACCCCCUCAAAAACACGUCUUUCCUUCUAAAGAUAGGAGACUUUAUUCAAGUUUAUGGGAAAAAAUGGGAUGACGUUCUCAAGAAUGAUGUCAAUUUCAAAGGUGUAAAGGUAAGAGUUAUGGCCAAUGUGUCGGUCUAAUUUUAGCGUUGUGGUCAUUACCACGUGUCUCCCCUUGGCUUUGUUUUGAUAUUGACGUCACCGAUUGAAUUUGCAGUGCCACUUCUUUUUUGCUUUAUCUCCCUUAAUUCGGAAAAGGUUUUAUAUGUUCGAAAACUUUCUAUGUGUUCUAAGGAACACUACCAGGUAAGGCGAUUUCUAGAAUGUCUUCUCUCGGAUGGUUCUGAUUUAAUCCCUAUAUAAAGGUGGGAAGCUUGCUUAGCCAGGAGAUAUUUUACUAAUUUAUAAGAGUAAUUUACUGGCAAGAUUGUACUAUGUAUGUGCAAGUCUAAAUUAAUUUUUUGCAUAUAUCUUGAGGAUUGAUGUGAUGUAAUUUGACAUAGAUUUUUCUCUGUACAUUUAAUUUAUUUUUUUAAAAAUAGAAAUGUAACAGUAUAAAUAAAUGGUCUAUUUUUAAUAUCACUAGCUUUCGUAUCGUUUUACUUCGAUAAUUAUGAGUUAUCUCCCCUGUGAUUUAAAACAAUAAAUGUGUUCAUUUAACCAACCGACUCUUGUUGCAGAUUAAAUUUUCAAAAUAAUGUACCGGUAUUUACAGUGAGUCUGAGCUCAGAAUGCGCUUGUCAAAACGCCAAAUUAAGAAUAAUGAUAGGGAUUAUGCGUUGUUUAUCUACACAACUUGGUCUAGCAAAGACUGACAAUGUUAUGCCAUGACUAUCUACACCACUUGGUCUAGCAAAGACUGACAAUGUUAUGCCAUGACUAUCUACACCACUUGGUCUAGCAAAGACGGACAAUGUUAUGCUAUGACUAUCUACACCACUUGGUCUAGCAAAGACUGACAAUGUUAUGCUAUGACUAUCUACACUACUUGGUCUAGCAAAGACUGACAAUGUUAUGCUAUGACUAUCUACACUACUUGGUCUAGCAAAGACUGACAAUGUUAUGCUAUGACUAUCUACACUACUUGGUCUAGCAAAGACUGACAAUGUUAUGCCAUGACUAUCUACACUACUUGGUCUAGCAAAGACUGACAAUGUUAUGCUAUGACUAUCUACACUACUUGGUCUAGCAAAGACUGACAAUGUUAUGCUAUGACUAUCUACACCACUUGGUCUAGCAAAGACUGACAAUGUUAUGCUAUGACUAUCUACACCACUUGGUCUAGCAAAGACUGACAAUGUUAUGCUAUGACUAUCUACACUACUUGGUCUAGCAAAGACUGACAAUGUUAUGCUAUGACUAUCUACACUACUUGGUCUAGCAAAGACUGACAAUGUUAUGCCAUGACUAUCUACACUACUUGGUCUAGCAAAGACUGACAAUGUUAUGCUAUGACUAUCUACACUACUUGGUCUAGCAAAGACUGACAAUGUUAUGCUAUGACUAUCUACACCACUUGGUCUAGCAAAGACUGACAAUGUUAUGCUAUGACUAUCUACACCACUUGGUCUAGCAAAGACUGACAAUGUUAUGCUAUGACUAUCUACACCACUUGGUCUAGCAAAGACUGAUAAUGUUAUGCCAUGACUUUACUACUUGGUCUAGCAAAGACUGACAAUAUUAUGACAUGACUAUCUACAAAACUUGUUCUAGCAAAGACUGACAAUUUCAUGCCACGAGUGUCUACCAUAUUUGAUCUAGCACAACAUGACAAUAUUAACACCAUGGCAAUUGCUCUAGCGCAGACUGACAAUAUUUUGAAAGUGAUUAUACUGUGAAUAUCUACGAUACUUGCUCUAUUACAAAUUGAUAAUUUUGAAUUGGACACGAGGUUGACUUCUGUCUUAACCUAUUAGUAAUAUUUCCAACAAUAGCUGCACUGCUUUACAUGGCUGUAAAAAAUCAAUUUUAACUCGAUGUUAGCCCGACUCUGUAUUAUCUCGUCACAUGACUGCUUCACCAUUAAGUCAUAUGACUGCUUUACCAUUAAGUCACAAGACUACCAUUUGAGUGUAAAAAAUCCCCCCCACCCCCCGACACCCCCCCCCCCCCGAGAAUUUUUUUCACCAUUAAGUCAUAUGACUGCUUUACCAUUAAGUCACAAGACUACCAUUUGAGUGUAAAAUAUCCCCCCAACCCCGCGACACCCCCCCCCCCCGAGAAUUUUUUUUUUCUUUUUCUAUCAAUUCCUUAAAUGAUUCUCUAAAAUAGAAUGUCAACCAUGACGACAAAGUCAAACAACUGUCAAUGAUGAUUUCCCUUGUUUCACAGGAGUUUCAAUCUCGUAUUGAGAAGUUUUUUUACACAAAUCCAGAUCAGUUUGUACUUGCUCCGAUUUAUGUUAUGGGUCAAAUGGGAACCUGUUGGAAGCUCCUCUUCCUUGAACUUCCUGUCCCGUUGAUGUCUUCACCAGAAAUUGAGUUUUUCCCAGAAAUUUAUUGUAGGUUGGCAGGCUUGGUGUGUGUGUGUGUUGUUGUGUGUGCUUGAUGUGUUUCUGUGCUUGAUGUGUUUCUGUGCUUGAUGUGUUUCUGUGCUUCGUGUGUUUCUGUGUUUGAUGUGUUUCUGUUCUUGAUGUGUUUCUGUGCUUGGUGUGUUUCUGUGCUUGCUGUGUUUCUGUGCUUAGUGGUUUUUUCUGUUUUUGAUGUGUUUCUGUGCUUGGUGUGGUUCUGUGUUUGAUGUGUUUCUGUGUUUGGUGUGUUUCUGUGUUUGAUGUGUUUCUGUGCUUGAUGUGUUUCUGUGCUUGAUGUUUUUCUGUGUUUGAUGUGUUUCUGUGCUUGGUGUGUUUCUGUGCUUAAUGUUUUUCUGUGUUUGAUGUGUUUCUGUGCUUGAUGUAUUUCUGUGUUUGAUGUGUUUCUGUGCUUGUUGUGUUUCUGUGCUUGAUGUGUUUCUGUGUUUGAUGUGUUUCUGUUCUUGAUGUGGUUCUGUACUUAAUGUAUCUCUGUGUUUGAUGUGUUUCUGUGCUUGUUGUGUUUCUGUGCUUAGUGUGUUUCUGUGUUUGAUGUAUCUCUGUGUUUGAUGUGUUUCUCUGCUUGAUGUGUUUCUGUGCUUGAUGUGUUUCUGUACUUUAUGUGUUCCUGUGUUUGAUGUGUUUCUGUGUUUGAUGUCUUUCUGUGCUUAAUGUAUUUCUGUGUUUGAUGUGUUUCUGUGCUUGAUGUGUUUCUGUGUUAUAUGUGUUAUAUCUGUUUCCGUGUUUGAUGUGUUUCUGUGAUUGGUGUGUUUCUGUGCUUGAUGUGAAAGUAUUUGUUUAUUUAUUUGUUUAUUUUUUUGGGGUUUAGAUGGACCCAGUUUAAAAUAAAAUUUGGUAUUUUAAUUAAUAUCGGUUUUCAAAUCUGUCAAAAUAUAACUAUUUUUACUCCACGCAGCAAUAUUCAAUCAAUCACUUUUGAUUGAAUAUUGCUAAAGGAGAUAAAAAUACAUAUUUAUAAAAACCUAAACAUUAACCUUUGUAAUGUAAAUAAAUUUACAAGAUACUAUAGAAUAUUAGAGUAAAUCAACAAGCUCUCCCCCACCCCUGCGUUACCAAGGGGAUAAAACAAUUGUGUAUGCGUGGGCGUAAACGGGAAAUGCGUGGUAUCUGCCUUAAAUUGUAGCAUCUACAGGGCGACCAACUGUGGAAAAUCUGCAGUUGGAAAUAAAAGCUAGAAACAGGAAAGGGUUUGUGAUGACAUGCUGCUGCUAAUGGAUAUGAGGCAUGUGAUUGGUGGUGGUAAUCACAUGCCGAUGAUUCUAUUUACGCAGCAUUGAUGGGGCCGUUUCUAGGCAACCGUUUCAUCCCAGCUGCUUCGUAAAUGAGUUGUGAGGUAAAAACGCAAUGUAGAAAUCUCUAAGGGAGGGCGUCUGAUGCUUCCCUGGGAUGUGAGUGUCGGGGGGGGGGGAAUUUUAGGACGUAAAUAUACCAUAUACAGAUCACUUGGGGAAAGUCCACUGCUGACGCUGUGAGAACAGCGUCAACGACCGAAUGGAUGCCCUUGGGCUGGGUGGCGUAUAUGUUGGUACCUGAUUAGAUGGGUGCUGGCGGGGGGCUGUUGUGGUCGAGGGAGAUCUCCCACCACUUGCCGCUUUGUGACCCUCUACUUGGGCUUAGGUGCUGGGGUGCUUCGGGGGGGGGGCGGCAUCAAGAGGUUUGUCUUGACGGCCCGCUGACGCCAAUUCCCAAUGUAAUAUCAAAUGGUUUUUUUUUUAAAUAUAAAUAUAAACAUUACAGCAAGUGUUAAUAUAAAUGUACACAUUACUUCUAGAGUUAAUAUAAAUGAAAUGAGAAAAUAAUAUUCCUCCUUUUGAUACAAUGAAAACUUACUGAUCAUUUCCCAUUGACAGCGUUCACAGUGACAGAGCAGGUCCAAAUUCUGAACUUGUUUAUUCUGACAAUGACCCAAGUGCAUGCCGAUACACUGGCUGUAAGUAUUCCAAUACACUGUCUGUAAGUAUUCCGAUGCACUAGAUGUAAGUUCAGUAGAAAAUUAUGAAUGUUCUUAGAUAUUAUUUUACUUUGAUUCCAAUGAAAAUUAUAUAUGAGGGAUGUGGCUGAAUUUUUUUUUUAAUGUGUUGUCUUGUACAUCAAGUCUAUAUGGCAAGUUUCAGCUCGAUAGGAUGACGGGAAAAAGAGGUCAAUUAGCUGUCCGAAGCUUUGGCCAGCCAGCCACACACAUAAGCGAAGUUAAUAUAAAAAAAUUAAUAAUGAGAAUCGUGUGUUUACUACGUCCCAGGAUGACAAACAACUUGAAACUCAUGUUUGUUUUCCAAAGAUUCUGUAAUAAAAACUUCGUUUUCCUCCUCAACGGGCGUUCAGUAAAUAGUGCCUAGUUUUUUGACGUCCAAGAGAUUUUAUCAUUCAGACUUGAGUUUUGCUACACAAAGGCUAUUUUCUGGUUUUCCUCUCCCUCCUCGAAUACAGUAUGUUGUUACCGUUUUGAAUAUAUUAAGCAAAUACCCGGAAACCAAAAUGGAGGCCAUGGAUUUCGGUCGCGUCUUUGGACCUGUUUGGUUUAAAAGGUUUCCGGGAGACAUGGCGGUGACAGAACAAGAAUCGAAACAAAGAGAGCUGGAUUCUGUGACACGGAUGAUGGUGUACUACUGUGAGCGUAUGUUUGUGGUAAGCGGGAGAAACAUCAGUUGGAACAAACUUUAAUUCUUAUUUUAAUUUAUGGUCCUGGGGGGGGGGGGUAUUAUUUAAAAAUUAACUUUCUUUUUGCCAUAAAAAAAAGUCUUAGCCUUUCCAAACCGAUCAAUUUUAUUAGUAUUUUUUUUCCAAUAUCAAUAAUCUCUUUGAUAUUUUUAACCCAUUUGUGUAAGUCAUGAAAUAUUUAUAACACUAAAAAAUAACCCGUGAAACAAUGGCGGUGGUGGUGCUUGAACUUCCCAUCUACUCAACUUACUUGACAAAUCAUGCAUUCAAGUAACACACUUGGCAAGAAUCCCCAUUAGUGCUAACGUCUGAGUCAUUUACUUUGCGCGCCUGUUGAACAAAGUGUUACAGUCAUGCAUAAAUAACGAGAGACCUAUUAUUGCUGAUGGCAUUUUUACAAGUUUUUGUUUCAAGUCCUUUUGCGCUCAUAAAUAACUUUCUUAACCGAAUCAACAUUGGUCCAAUUAAUUCCACUGAUAAUGAAAAUUCUAUCUGGCAAAAACACAAUGCCUAAAUACGUGUGGGUGCUCUCUUGACCAGGUGCCACCUAACAUACUGAACAAACUGAGAGAAAUUAACGACAAGAAACAGACUACAUCUGUAAGUAUGGUUAUGCAAUAUUUAAAUAAAAUAUAAUUGAUAAAAUUAACAUGCAGUACGGUGACGAUUUUACUAACAAAAUGCUAUCCAAUAGAUCCCAUUCAGUUAUUAGUAGAUAUUUUUCUAUCGAAUUCAAAACUCAUGACAUUGUGCAUUUACGUACACAAACUAAAAAAAAUAUUGUUAGUCCUGCCACACAUGUCAGGUAAAAAUCUAGGUACUCAUUGCAAAUGAAUCACCAGAACUAAGCGGUAUGCAAACUUGUUGCUUAAUGUAUAUCGCAAACUAAAUGUCUGCGAGCACCACGUGAUUUUAUUCUAAGCGCAUGUCAACUAUUUCCAUGACACCAGCUUUCCCCCAUUAAAGGGAGUUUCGUUUAAAAGACCGAACAAUAAAGCAAAAUACAUGUAGACCAAUAACUAAAAAAAUAGAUUGGAUUCUAUGCACUAACUUCGUCGAAGUGAAUGUCUGCGGACAAAAUGUGUUACCCGAAACACACCUGGCCCAAAAAAAAUUGGCCAAUCAACUCUCUGCUGUAUACAUAUUUAUAUCAAUUUAAAAUAGGUACAAAUUACCGAGAAGAAAAAGCAUGCAUACAUAUUCUAAUGCUAAAUACUUUCAGUCAUAUUGAGAUUAAUCUAAAGUUGAGCUCUGCAAUAACAAAGGAUGUUCAAAGCUUCAUUGACGUUCAGACAUUAAAUAGUACAAAGAAUCUCUGGGUAACCUUGUCCAAAGUCUUCAGUGGCUAUUCUGCUGAUUUUUCAGCUUCUUCUCCCAGACAGAGCCAUUAGUCUAGUUACUUUUCUACGAUGCAUAGGUACCUCGGCAUCCUUUCGGUCUCCCAUAGGACAGAGUCUUCAAUUGUUAAAUCAGUCAUCUCAGUAGUAUCCCUUGGAACUCCAUCGUCAUCUUCACAUUCAACAUAUCACUUUAGAUUGUUUUUAUUCCUGAUGUGAAUACUGUACUGCGCCAUUGUAUCACUGUGUUCAUAUCACACCCAUGAGGGUGGAUAUUGUAAUUUAAAAUAAGUAAUUUCAUCUCAUCAUGUAUCCUUGCAUUUAUUAUUGUAUAAAUUUUUGUGGUCUUUUCUUCAAGAUAAGAUAAGAUAAGAUUUUUUUUAUUGAUCCAACAAAUGGAAAUUAUGAUUACAUUAUACAUUUUCAGCACAUAAAUAAAACAAAUUGAACACAAGACAUUUUAUAAUAAAGUAUUUCAAAGAGCCAUUCAGUGAGUUCUCUUACCCAAAUCGGGGACUUAUUAGGUCUCAUUAAGAUGUGUGACUUCAGAUGGAGCACGCUGGUAGAUUCGUGCAAAUUGGGGAACAAAAGAAUUUUUAUAUCUUUCAGUCCUCGCCCUGUUUUUACAAAACAUAUGGAUAAAGUUUUGUGUUUGAUACCUAAAUGCCAGGACUAUGCAUUUUUAUAGAUGGACAUGCAUACGAUAAUUCUAAUCCUACAUAGCUAUUUCUAAUCAUGCACGGCUAUUUCAUAUCAUUCACAGUUAUUUCUAAUCAUACACAGCUAUUUCUAAUCAUACACAGCUAUUUCUAAUCAUACACAGCUAUUCUCUUCUCUCCUCUUUGUUUAUAGGAUAUUCUUUUUAUUUGGUAUAAUUUUUAGAACCCAAUCCAUUUAUAGUGGAGAUUUUGAAAGUAUGUUUAUAGUAUUAAAAGUAUUCAAUUUUAUAGAACACAUUCCAAUGUUAAUGGUCGACAAUUUUGUAAAGCAUGUUCCAAUAUUUAGGUCUGUUUGGGUUUAAUGACUUUUUAUAUCAUAUGUUUAUUUCUUAAAGACAUUUCCCUGGUCAAAGAAGAAGGUGCCUGAAGAGAAACCUGAGGCAAGUGAUAUUGUGUUGUACAUUAGCAACACUAACAACUUAACCAUAUCUAACAACGUGGUGUACAUUAGCAACACUAAUUAAACUACUUGCUAUUAAGUUACUUGUUAUUAGGCUCCUUGUUUUUAGGCUACUUGUUAUUAGGCUACUUGCUAUCAGCCAACAUUUUAACUCUAGCCACACACACAAAAUUGUCACGGUUGUCUUCUGAAGGCGCCAUUUGACCGAUUCAUUGAAUGACGUCAUGAUGAUUUUUUUAAGAAUACAAAUUUUUUUUUUUAAAGUUUGCUAAUAAAGUAUUUUUAAGUAAAAAUAAUUGUUUAAAUAUCUAAAACAUAUCAUACAAUUUCAUUUCCAGGAUGAUCUAACCUGCUGAUCUUCGAUGAAUUAUAGAAUUAUAACAAAUAUAAUUAAUUAAAAAAUUCAAAAUCUCGAAGUGUGUUUAAAUAAGCUUCACGUUACCAAUAGAUCAAUACAAACAUUAGUUGGUCAGUAAGAACGAGUGUACAAAUAAAUAAGGGUCAAUCUCCACACUAAACGAUGUACAGAAACAGCUGAUACGUGCCUUAUAUACUUGUCUCACAUACGUGUCUCAUAUAAGUGUCUCAUAUACGUGUCUGAUAUGCGUGUCUCAUAUAUAUAUACGUGUCUCAUCUUGUUUAGGGCCGGCCAAGCAGCGCCAACCUUCAGAUCUUUGACGUGGGCUACUUUAAAACAGAGACUGUCCCCAUUGACGGCAAGACAACGGUAGAAGAUGUACUGGAGAUAUAUCAUGGCAGACGACAGUAAGUGAACUGCGAUGUUUAAGGAAGACAAAAUUUGUUAACAUCUAUAUAACAACGAAGGAUUCCACCGUUUCUCAUUUAACUCUCUCAGCAACGUUACAAUCACUGAACAGCCGUGAGCUUCUUUGACAAGACAAUCACUGAACAGCUGUAAACUUCUUUGACAAGACAAUCACUGAACAGCUGUAAACUUCUUUGACAAGACAAUCACUGAAUAGCUGUAAACUUCUUUGACAAGACAAUCACUGAACAGCUGUAAACUUCUUUGACAAGACAAUCACUGAACAGCUGUAAACUUCUUUGUAAAGACAAUCACUGAACAGCUUUAAACUUCUUUAACAAGACAAUCACUGAACAGCUGUAGGCUUCUUUGACAAGACAAUCACUGAACAUCUGUAAGUUUGUAUGACAAUACCAUCACAGAACAGUUGUAAUACCAUUACAGAACAGCUGUAAACCUAUAUGAAAGACAAGCACACAACAGCUGUAAGCCUAUAAUAUUUAAAUGACAAUAUUGUGGAGCAUCCCAGAGCCUUCAAUAGACUGUAUGAGAGCCCCCUACCCCGUUUUUUUCGUCCUACUUUUCGCCCUAUGCAAUCAUAAUUUAGAAAUUUAUUUUUCAACAUCAAAAGCUUUGGGCCCUUUAUUUAAAUAUCCGAGGACCCCUACAGCCGUAGGCGUUCUGGGGCCCACUCGAUGGCAAUGAGAUCAGUGCCAAACAUUCUAAAUCAUCUGUCACUGGUUUGAAUUUUUGUUUUAGUGAGUCUCAGAUUUGUUUAAUCAAUCCAGCAUGUUAUUAUUUAGAGGCAAAUAUCAUGAAGAUACCGGUAUAUGUCUAAGCUAUGCACGCCAUGCUAUAAUCUGCAGGGAAGAGCCAAACUAUGUCAAGUUUGGAGUGUUGCAUGAGGUCGGCGGAAACAUAGGUACCAAGUUUUUGUCAACUGUCUUGAUUUUAACACCUUUUAAAUAUUAAAAUUUAUUUUUCUUAUUUGUAAUUUUGGUCAGCACUUUCUGAAAAUUAUGAGUAAUAAAUAUGUAUCGGAGAUAUGACGAUGCUAGACAUCUUCUUGGAAAUGUUUAAGCUUUCUGGACGGCCUCAUAAAGCUUUCCGGACGGCCUCAUGAAGCUUUCUGGACGGCCUCAUGAAGCUUUUUGGACCGCCAUGUGGUGCUUUCUGGACGGCCACAUGAAGCUUUACAGACGGCUUUAAAGAGCAGUUACAACUAUAAAAACACUAGCUAUAAAAUUUUUGUUUGAUAUCAACAUGACCAGAUAUUUUUUUUUCCUGAUAACUUUUUUAAUCAUUUAAUGACGUCAGUUAGGCCUUUGUGGGCUUCCUGCUCAGAUUAAAAAUAGGAAUCUUUGAAUAAAUUAUAUUUUAUUCUAUUUUAUUCUACAGAAGAAAGAAUACUCGACCACGAGGUUAACAUAAUGGACAUUUUGGAGUUGAAUCCCAAUGCCAAGUUUGAGAUAAGACCCCCAAGAAUAUUGUUUGCCUCACAGAUUUGAGUUUUUAAUUUGGGAAUGCAAUGCGUG